UUCCCAGCGAUGACUGCAGGGUCACCGCGCCCAUCUCGACGUUCGAUGGCCGGACGAGAGUGCUUCAUCGGCAAAGGGCAGAUGUUCAGACGGGUCUAGAAGGGAACAUGAUGUCGUCUUACUGAGUGAAGGAUAGCAAAGUGAAAUAUUUUAAUAUAAAUUAAUAUACUUUUGUCCAAGCAGGCUUGUGGGUGUGAUCGCCCCCCGCCCCCCUUACUAAAAAGCAAGCUAGCUAGCUCGGCCAUAGUUGUUCGGCUAGCCGUGUGCUCUUUGCUUAUUCCUGCCUUUCCAUCGUCUGGGUUGCCGGUCAAUGCCAAAACGAAAAAAGCAAAGCCACGUUGAUUCAGAUCAAGUGCCCCAAUAGCUGGAGAGAAGUAACCUAAAAAGCCGAUUAAGAUGAGUGAACUGGACCAGUUACGCCAAGAGGCUGAGCAACUAAAAAAUCAGAUCCGAGAUGCCAGGAAAGCAUGCGCAGAUGCCACGCUAUCGCAGAUUACGGCUAACAUUGAUCCCGUCGGACGAAUUCAGAUGCGUACAAGACGGACACUGCGGGGUCAUCUGGCUAAAAUCUAUGCCAUGCACUGGGGAACAGAUUCCAGGCUCUUGGUCAGUGCCUCUCAGGAUGGCAAACUCAUUAUUUGGGACAGCUAUACCACAAAUAAGGUCCACGCUAUUCCACUUCGUUCUUCCUGGGUCAUGACAUGCGCGUAUGCACCUUCAGGAAAUUAUGUGGCCUGCGGUGGCUUAGACAACAUCUGCUCCAUUUACAACCUGAAAACCCGCGAGGGUAAUGUACGCGUGAGCCGGGAGCUGGCCGGACAUACAGGAUAUCUGUCCUGCUGUCGCUUCCUUGAUGACAACCAGAUUGUUACAAGCUCAGGAGACACCACCUGUGCACUUUGGGACAUUGAGACUGGUCAGCAGACGACUACAUUUGCUGGACACACCGGUGAUGUCAUGAGCCUCUCUCUGGCCCCAGACUCACGGUUAUUUGUCUCUGGUGCUUGUGAUGCCUCGGCCAAACUCUGGGAUGUCCGAGAGGGCAUGUGCAGACAGACCUUCACUGGUCACGAGUCCGACAUCAAUGCAAUCUGCUUCUUCCCCAAUGGCAACGCCUUUGCCACUGGCUCUGAUGAUGCCACCUGCAGGCUGUUUGAUCUUCGUGCCGAUCAGGAAUUAAUGAUCUACUCUCAUGACAACAUCAUCUGUGGCAUCACCUCGGUGGCAUUCUCCAAGAGCGGCCGCCUGCUCCUGGCCGGAUACGACGACUUCAACUGUAACGUGUGGGACACACUAAAAGCUGAUCGCGCAGGUGUGCUGGCUGGACAUGACAACCGCGUUAGCUGCCUGGGAGUGACUGAUGAUGGCAUGGCGGUCGCCACAGGAUCCUGGGACAGCUUCCUGAAGAUCUGGAAUUGAAGCCUGAAGAUGUUCUUUUAACUCCAAAGCCGACUGGAAGACCAUUACAACUUGAGAAUGUUCACAGCAUCUUCUGCAACACUGUUUAAACUGACUUGGACACCACAAACAAACAACACAAUUGAAGGGAAAACAAAAAGAUUUCCUCCACAAAGAAGAGCACAAUUGUCUAUCACCUAAUUAGGAAAGGAUGUCCUGUGGAAUCAAUCACAACCUUGCGCAUUCCUUCUCGGACCAUUUCAUGUCACCUGAGAGAAACACAACACUAGCAUCACAGUCUAACAUGUGUCUUGACCGCAAACGUGGGAGUAUAAUUGUACAAAUUAUUUAACUUUUUUUUUUUUUAAGAAUUGUAUUCCGAUGCUUUGUUAUUCUCAAUGGCUUUCUUUUUGUCGUAUUUCUUUAGUGCUUUUAGAUAGGUUUCUUUCUAAUCCAGUGAAAUCACAUAUGACAGAUGACAAAUAAACAAGCUUGCAUCAUAUUACACCAGCAGCUUUCCAAAAUGUCUCAUGUAUUUAUAUACUCGUCCUUAUUUCUUGUUUUUCAUCACAGCCUUUUGCACAUGAAGACGCUUUGCCUCUCAACUACUACUAACAUGUUAACUAACCAAGCACAUGCUACUAGUUAUGAAUGCUUGUUCCAGUACAACAGAAGUUCUAAAGUACCUUGUCAGAAGCCCUCACUCUUCUUGUACAUGCCUUUGACUCGGACGGGGAUAGAGAUGGUGUCGCAAGGUAGUGCUGAAGUUAUGCGGGCAUGGCUGCUUUGAAUUUGACCCACUUUUGAGUGAACCAACCUCUCCUGACUAAAUAGACACUUCCUUUGCUUGGGACUACAGUUGCAACUCUGUUUAUAAAAUGUACAAAUCAAUGUCUGAAAAUAAUGGUCUGAUGUUUUUAAGUUAAGACAUUUAAUUUUGUCUGACACUACUUAAAUUUGAUGUGCAUGCUGUAGACUUGCUUUCAGUGGUGGAAAAAAAACAUCCUAGAUUUAUUUUUUGUUUGUUUCUAAAAAGGAGAGUAACCUACUAAUUGAAGCUGGUUUUUGGUUAUGCAUAUGAAUAACUGGUAAUGCUAUGCACCAGAGUGACCAAGACAGGAGAUAGCUAGUGUAAAAUAUGCUUACCAGUUAUAUUGAUGCCAUUUUUUAUAUAACAAUCUUUAUGAGAAGUAUAUCCUUGGCAAGUCUUUCUCUCCACAUCUCUACUCAACGGAACAAAAACGUACAAACAUACUCACACACACUGUCCAUAUUAGAACUUUUGUAUUUUUUCCUUUUGGUCUUAAAAUGAUAAAUCAGAACCUCUGAAUGACAUUUCACUGUAUACAGAAGCACUUUUGUUAAUGUGACAUUCUCACUUUUGAUUUCUCUGCAAUGAUGUACUUCAAUAAAUGUGAUGUAUUUUGUGUGUGGCCACAAGUGAAAAUGCAAUUCAAACAGAGAUGGAUUUCCUUUUCUCUUUCCAUGAAUAUAAUAGAGUUCUGCACCCUUAUGUAGCUUUCCACUUUUUGUAUUUCUUUUCAGUCUGUUUGUGUUCCACGGUGAGCUGGAUGCAAGAUAGAUACUGUACUAAAAUGUACUGUUAUUGAUUGAAAAUGUAAUAAAAAGCUGUUUGAGA